AUGGCCUCAGUUGAUAACAGUAUGGAUACCAAUAAGAUGGUCAACAGGGUGGUAACAGUAUACAUAUCAAUGGAUAUCAGUGUGGAUGUUCAACAGAUAACCCAGUGUGAAAUUUCACAGUACCUAGAUCCUUACAGCGUUUUAAGAACAGAUGAGGAUAAUAUGGGGGAUGGUUGCUCCCAGAAACUGGCUUCUGCCAAGUUCCUUCGACUUUUGCUCCUAAUAUUGAUUCCAUGCAUCUGUGCCCUUAUCCUUUUGUUGGUGAUUCUGCUUACCUUUGCAGGGGUGCUAGAAAAAACAUGCUCUUAUUCAAACGGAAGUGAGGUCUUCACAGUUACUGGUGAAAUUGAAACAUCUGACAUUCCU